AUGGUGAUAUGCGAGGAGGCAUCAACACAAAGUGGGCGUGUAAUUAACAGUGGAUGGACCAUGAGCGAAGAACCAUUCUUGUACGAACCCACCAAUCAAAGUCUUCCUCCUUCACCAGAACACAAGUCUCGAAGGCAUGAGCAUGUGAUAGACUCAGAGUUUUCGUUAGACAAUAUUGAACCACCAAUAGUAGCCGAUGACAAAACCAAGAAUGUCUCUAGAAGGCUCCGAGCAGUUGCCCGGUAUCAAGCAUUUCAUCCACAAGCCUUGGCAUGUUCGGAUAUUUUGACAUCAUCACUGGACAGUAAUAUACAAGAAGACUCAUUUACGCCUGCCGAAUCAUCAUCAGGAGAUGCACAACAUCAACGCAACAACAACAACAACAACAACCAUCACUCAUCUCCAAACGCCACGACUUCUUUGGGCGCAAUUGCCGGAUCCCAAGGAGUUGCUCUAUUUCGAUUAUCCAGACCUCAUGUUCCACUAUUAAUCUUGAGCCAUGCCACGAGCUUUCGGUCCAAGGCAUUGAGUAACAUUUCCGGACUGGCGUUUCAUUCGACAAAAGGCAAUCAACUCUACUUGGCCGCUGCGCGAGGAUCGGCCACACUUGUAUGGGACGCUAGUGGACACAGCAACAUGCCCUUGAUUGGACGGUUGGGUUCUGACAAUAUGUUGUCGCAAGAUGCGGGGGACAAUGGCAAGAUAACCUCCAUUUGCUGGAAACCAUCGUCGAGAAAAGCAUCGGCAGCGCCCUUGUUGGCCACGACUACCUCCAAUUCCAUCUCUCUUUGGGAUUUGCGGGUGGCACCUCAAGGGUCGACCUCGUCUUCCAAACCAUCCUUGAGAUUUGCAGUCUCCAAACGAUCCUCCUUUUCUCCUUCGGCGGCGGCUUCUCCCAUGAUACUCCAAGUGGCAUGCGCACCAGAGACGGAUGAAUGUGCUUGCAUGGACAGGGCGGGUGUGGUUCGCAUUUAUGAUAUUCGGAUGAACGAACGGAAUCGAACAUCGUCCAGUACAGGAUCGACAGUCUCCAUGUUUCAAGCUCAUGAUGCAGCAGGGGUGGGUCUGUGUGCGUUCAAGACGACCACCGCGGGCGACUCGUCAUCCUCGUCGUCGUCCUGGCUCACCUGGGGUCUGGAUUCGUCCAGUGCUUCACCUGUGGUCAAGUGCUGGGCGUAUCAAAAUGACGAUGCGACGUCUACAGCCGAUCCAGACGAUUAUUGGUACAUGACACCUGCUCCCUACAACCAGUCCCAUUAUUAUGGCCUCAAAGCGCAGCUGACCAAACCCAAUUUGGCCGCCGCGCGGGUAUGUCCAUCUCCCUUUGAAAAUAGCUUCUUGGCGGUGGGUCACUUGGACUCCACCAAGAAUAGUGAUGAUGGUACCCUUCAACAUGGUUGGUGGGCUGAAAUGUGUCAGCUGACACCAGGAUUUGAAGGAGGAGGAUCAAGUCCCACCACAACGACGACGGCAUCCGGAUCCUCCUUUGGAUUGGAGACUACGAUUCGAUUUGAAGGUGGAGCAACCGCCAAACGCAGUCAUGAUCAAGAGGCGCUCUAUUCGGCCUUGGGAGGACAAGCCGAUCUUGGGCGGCUACAAGCUGCCGAACUGGCGUUUGGAAGUAUUCCUAGUCAAGGUCGGUAUCUUUCGGCACUAGCAGCAGCAGCAGCGGCAGCCGAUGGAGACCCAAAGUCAGACGAUGACCGGGGUGGUGGCAAUCGUCUAGAGUUGGUACUAUGCUGCUUGAGUGACACGUCUGUCAUUACCACACACAGCGUUGCGGAAGUUGAGACAAAAGUAGGGGGAGAAAUAGGUCGCAGGACCCCAUCACCAUUGCGAACCAGAAUGGUCAAGACCUCUUUUCCAACUAGCCAUCAGCCAAGAGUAUACCAGGAAGACAGAAAUGAAGGAUCCUCGUUGGUUGAUGCAGCUGGCUUUUGGAAUACGACUGCUACAGGUGCUGUGGAUGCCCACAAGGCUCUCACAGAAGAGCUGGGACGAUUAUCCAUGAAUGCUGGUCAAUCGCCUGAUGCAAUGAUACAAUCAGCGGAUCCAGAUUCCGAUGACCCCAUUGCAAACCAACAACAAAUUGGAGAUAUGGAAGUACCAGUGGCAUACGGAUCCGUCUCAGCAAACAAGGGGAUGGCAAUGACAGACAUUGCUUCCGGAACGGUGGUUUCGACUGGUGGUCUCAGAGUGGUGAGCGAAUCCGAAAAUGCAACAGUCGAUGUUCGGGAGGCAACUCCGAUAUUGGAAAAUAUUGAAAGUGGAAGGGUUCCUUGUCCACCAUUGUGUGGCGCUAGCUUUGGUUUUGGCCAUGGGGGAUUGGUCAUGUUUCACAAUGGGGAGAUUAACAAAAUGUGGAAUUGGUACCAACGAACGGAUACGAUGCGACUUCAUAGCAUGCCAAAUGGAAAGGGUGACAUUGGACCAUCCGGAAAUGAACUUCUCCCUCCCCGUGUCGGGGUCGAUAGUGAUACCAAACUAACAGCAGUAUACGGUCCACGGACGUUGAAGGAACUUGUGAAGAUGACCGAAACUGCAAAAGAGGCACAAUGGGGUGCACGAGCUGGAUCAGAUAGCUCCGAAUCGGGCAAUGAUAAUUUGACUACAGAUGAAAACUUCUUUGAAGAUGAGAGUUCCGAUUCAGAUAGUUCCGAUGAUGAGGACGUGGGCGUCCCAUCGAGAAAUCACAUGUACAAUCGUUACUUUGGAGCAAGAGCCUUUAAGGGAUCCGACCAGGAAGAGGAGGAACCAGCCACACACAGGAGGACGAAUUCAGAUGCCUCUGCUUCGACACCAACCAAGAAUGCACCGGAGAUUGUCGGCCCAUCCUAUGAAAUGCUAGCACCCGCCGUUCGUGUCACUCGUGAUUUUGACAGAGAGAUUAUUUCCAAUCAACGCGUCGAGCUGGCGCAGACUUGGGAGCUGGGAGCGUGGGAAGAUCUAUCGGCACCAGAGGACCUCGCGGCGGAAUCAAAGAUGGCUGAAUAUUAUGACAUGGCUUCGUAUGACGGGGCAAUUCCGCCACAGAUUCUUGGGCAAGGUCUUCCAGGAUACAAAUACUUGGAACCAGGUUGGGGGAACAGCCCAAAUCUUCCAAGAGCAAAAUCCGAAUCAAAUCUUGACUUUGGCAUGUUACCAGAAGGAGAUGAUACACCGAGAUACUUUCGGAAUAUGUCAAUGUACCCGUCUGACAAUCCAGCACAAUGGGAUGGCGGCCACCAUGCCCAGAAUAAUCUUCCACGGAACCCAAGGCGAGAGGAUGGUACUCUCUCGUGGAAUCAUUUACAUCGCGGCGAUAAAAGGAAGCGCUAUUUAGAGUUGGGAGUGUACAAGCUACGAGAGUUGCCGACACCUGAAAUUGUCGAAGCGAUCGCUGUGCUCGACAGAAUAAAGAGUAAUUGUCACAAGAAUGCCAAUGCUUGUAAAUUGCUGAACGAAAUUGAAAAGGAAGGGGUAUGGCGAUUGCUGGAAGAAACUGUGGAUGGUCAGAUCAAGAACCUAACAAGGAGUAUGGAUGGUGGGAUUGGCCGAGCUCUUGGCACCGAUUUAGUCUCCAAUCUAUUCUCCUACUACGAAAGUCUGGGAGACGUCCAGAUGCUGGCAACCAUGUUUUGUGUCCUAAGUGGAGGAGUUCGCAGCACAAUGCAAGGCAGUCCCAAAUUAUUGCCUCCAGGCCAUGAUGAAAAAUACGAUGCCUACAUAAAAAAGUAUGCCGAACUCUUAUACGCUUGGAACUUGUUGAGUAUCCGAGCCGAAGUCCGAAAGCAUCUCCGACGGAUUCCACAGCAACGAAACAAAGAGUCGGCAGGAGUACUAGAGGGUCCUUCCCUUGCAGUAAUGAGACUCCCCUACCGCGGCAACGAGACGGAACUGUCCAUGGAAGAUAAUAACAAUACCGACGCUGUAACGCCUCCAGCCGUUGCCAUUGUGAUUCGUUGCCCAGGUUGCGAUUACGAGAUUGAUCUGAACAAGCAGGGCAACUAUUGCAAGAGAUGCCAAGACUUUCCAUUCCGAUGUUCCCUUUGUGACAAUGCAGUUCGGGGACAGUUCACCUUUUGCAGUUCUUGCAAGCAUGGUGGACAUUUGGAUCACAUUACCGAAUGGUUUACCGAGCAUGUCCAAUGUCCAACUGGAUGUGGUUGCAGAUGCAAGUUUGCGGAUGCCAUGACGGCUAUUCACAUUGAAUAA